AUGGUUUCUGGCCCCAAAGGUCCCCUCGAGCUGACUGGUGAAGCACUGACUGCUCUUGAGAGAAUCAAGAAUUCCGUUGUCGACGCCACCUUACUCACGCAUCCCGUUCCCGAAACUCAGCUGUCCCUGAUGGCAGAUGCUUCGGCCGUAGCCGUAGGUGCAGUCCUUCAACAAAACCUUGCUGGUUCGACUCGAAUUCUUGCCUUUUUCUCCCAAAAGCUCUUACCAGCUGAGACACACCACAGUACCUUUGGCCGUGAACUACUUGCCAUUUACCUGGCUGGGAAGCAUUUCCGGCAUUUCCUUGGAGGUCGGGACUUCACUGUUUUCACGGAACACACACCGUAGACCGUUGCACUUAGGUCCCACUCCGACAAGUACAAUCCAAGUGGAAACCGCCCAUCUUGACUACAUCUCCCAAUUCACAACCGACAUCCACCACAUCGAUGGCACGAAGAAUGAGGUGGUUGGUAUGCUGUCCAGACCGUCACUGUCUUCCCUUCAACUCUUACACAGAAUCGAUCUUUGCGUCAUGGCGGCUGAGCAACAGCGAGUCAGUUGUCCUGCUGACGAGUCUGUUAGUUGUCUCCAACUCAAAGACGUUCCUCUAACCACCGGCUCUGGUACCAUACUUUGUGACGUCUCAACUCACUUUCAUCGCCUUUUCGUGCUCACCUCGACCCGUCGAGGUGUAUUUCAAACUCCACAUGAACUCUCCCAUCCUGGGAUCCGAGCUUCUCAAAAGCUCCUCACGGAAAGGUUUGUCUGACCUGGCAUGAACAAAGACGUCAAAACCUGGACCCGAUCGUGUCUGAAUUGCCAACGCAACAUGGUGCAACGUCACGAUAAGUCCCCACCAGGCACUUUCCCCACUCCCGACGCACGGUCCAGCCAUGUGCACCUGGAUGUUGUAGGCACCUUGCCUCCAUCCAAUGGUUUCACCCACCCCCUUACCUGUGUCGAUCGGUAUACCCGUUGGGCUGAAGCUAUUCCUUUGCCGAAUGUGCAGGCUGAAAUCAACGUGAAGGCCUUCGUCAGUCGUUGAGUCAUCAUGUUCGGUGCUCCAUCCACGGUUACGACUGAUGGUGGUGCCCAGUUUGAGUCUGCACUCUUCCAAACGCUACUCAGCUUCUUUGGCUGCACACGAAUUCGGACGACGGCCUACCACCCAGCUGCCCACGGUAUGGUUGAGCGUUUCCAUCGCCAGUUAAAGAUCACUCUGUGUGCCGUAGAAGACCCAGGAAAUUGGUUGGACAAAUUUCCUCUUGUACUCCCCGGCAUUCGCCCAGCUCUGAAGUCGAAUCUGGACUGAAGUGCAGCUGAAUUGGUUUUCAGCACUACCCUCCGACUGCCAAGUGAGAUGGUCACACCAAUCUCUCGAGGGGUCGACGAGACCCCUGACAAUUUUGUGCACCGUUUGCGGCAAUUGAUGCGCUCGCUUGUCCCAGUUCCACCUCGAACUCUAACGACUGAUUCUUAUGUCCAAAAAGACUUGGACAACUGUACUCAUGUGUUCGUCCAGUGUGACCGUGUGCGCCAGUCGCUGGAAUCACCAUACGAAAGACCGUUCCGCGUGCUCGCACACAACGCCAAGACCUGCCGGGUUCUUCGCUGUGACAAGGAGGACGUGGUCAGUGUCGAUCGGGCCAAGGCUACUGUUACAGAGGAGCCGCUGGGACUAUCACAAGGACCAAAAUGUGCUGGCACCCUAAUUCCUUUCACUUCGUCUUUACUCCCCUUGCUCAUUCACCUUACCCACCUAUCUUCCCCUCCGUCGCCCUCUAACUCUCCGUCCCGCGUACUUCCUCUCCCUACGUGUCUACAGCAUCCAACUGCAAUAUCAACCUCCACUAUAGCAAACACUCAAGCGUAUUCGACUGUACCUCCUGCACAUAUCAUUCGCUGUGACCGUCAAGUUCAUUUUCCCGACCGUUUGGCUACGCAUUUUUUCAUAGACUUAUGCGUAUCCCCCGUAUUACGUAUAUCCGUAUUACGUCGACAACGGUCUAGUAGGAGGGCACGCUGGUGAGGCAGCGGACUAAUUUACAUUUGCAAAUUUAGUCCCGUUUUCUUUACCCGGAUUGCUUAUUUGAAUGUGAAGAAAAACGACACACCUGAACAACCCGCUUGGAUGGCCUGCUUAGCUGUCGCGCUCUGUUGUCAGAUUACUUAACGUUCAGAAUUUCUAUAUUAUUCACCGGUCGAUUAUACUUGCUGCCUUUAAUGCUAAGGGAUCGUGCGAUAUAACUCGUUAGUUCGUGAGAAUAUUACCAUUUACGUCAGAUCUAUUGAAAUGUUUUAGGAACGCCUAUAGUCCAGUUAGACUGACGAAGUUCGAUUCGAUUUCUCUUUCAUGUGAAUAAAUUUGAUUCAUUCUACGAAAACAUUCCGAUUUAUCCGCAGACGUAACUGUUCGUGGAGGACAAAAUUGGUGACGGAAUUGUUACCGGGACAUCAAAGCCAGCUAGAUCCUCGGCCGGCAGGCGUGCUCGGUGUGGAAGUACCGCGGUCUCCAUCUUAGCACCAAACGGAAGGUGGGCAAAGCUGCAUGAUACGAAGACCUGGAAGUCUACGAGAAAUAAACAAGGAUCCCCAGCAACUUCCAGCUCGGCUAUCUCAGAAGAAUAUUAAAGCUGUGGUGGCAAGACUGGACGCCAGACACAAACGUCCUUGAAAGAAUUGGAAUCUUCAGCAUCUAUGCCCUGCUGCGUCAGAUUUAACUACGCUAGGACGGCCAUCUCACGAGUAAGGAUGACAGGCACCUACCUGAAUGACUCUUCUACGGAGAUGUAACCACAGGUGAUCGCUGACAAGGAAGACAAGCAGGCCGCUACAAGGACACCCUGAAGCACUUGUAAAUCAACCCGGAGACCUUAGAGGAUCUUGCCCAGGAUCGGCCGGACUGAAGGAGGGCUGUGAAGACAGGACCAUCAACAUACGAAGCCAACCGAUCUCAGCUGAAAAUGUCGAAGGAGCAGCUCGCAAGUCUCAGUUGUGCCUGACCUGUAACGCCAACAUCCAGUCCCCCCAAAAUGCUCAGACUGCCAAUGAACAUUUCUUCCACGGAUUGGUCCCGCUAGACAUAUUCUGACCCAAUAUAUCAACCCGACAACUCCACCUGCUGCAUCCGCAAACGCCCCAAUCAUAACCUCUGCCAGAGCCCUACGGAGUUCACGACGACGGCCACCCUCACCACCGCUUAUCACAAUCCCUUUGCCCCGCCGACUACAGCCAGCUCCAUUAUCCCUGCGACCGCGGCGGUGACCACCACCACCGGUCAAAACGCUUCCGGUGUCUCGCCAGCCACCACCCUCUCCACUCUCAUCCCUCCCUCCCCACCAUCGAUGUGUACUCAGUCCCAAUUUGUGUUCCUUGCGAUCGCAUAUUCACCUCAUUCAUCAGUCUAG